CACAGUUAUUUCAGCUUGCCUGUCGCUCGCUUCUCUUCAGCGUUAUCAUUUCUUAACAGUUAGGGCGUUACUUAAAUUAUACCGAAGCGCGUUAAAUUUUGUUCACAUGAUUCAUAGUCAGCAACUGGAAAAAGAAAUAAUAAUACUAAAUGGAAGCUGUAUGCUGAGUUUUUGGGGUGUUUUUAACUCCUGAGGGUGGGCAGUAGAGUAGAGUACAGGAGAGGUGACUGACUGACAGUUGGAAGGGCGGAGCCUCGCGGUGACACGCGCCCGGCGCCCCUCACUCUGUCAGCCCCCCUAAAAAUAGACGGAGUGACCGAGAGACACGCUGGUUUGUCCGCUUCUGUCCGUCUGAGACACCGAUACACGGACACCACCGGGGGAGACCAGGGACUAUAUUCCCCCCCAAGGAAGGGAACGCUGCGAGAAGCUCAACAUAAGGCAGUACUUUUAAGACUAAGGAAGGGAAAGACCCGGAUACUCGUGGUCCAGUUAAGAGGAAUCGACAUUUCUCGUCACUGGAUUUACGAGAAGUGACGUGUAGAAAGGAAGAACUAGUGUGUACAAUGUACUAGAAGAGUUCAAGAAGACAACUUUAGGUGUUUUUCCGAUAUUCUGGGGUGUCAGGAAGACCAAAAAGGCUGCAACAAUGGGUCGAAAGAAGAUCCAAAUAACCAGGAUAAUGGAUGAGCGGAACAGACAGGUUACGUUUACGAAGAGGAAGUUUGGGUUGAUGAAGAAGGCCUACGAGCUGAGUGUGCUGUGUGAUUGUGAGAUAGCGCUGAUCAUUUUCAACAGUUCCAACAAACUCUUUCAGUAUGCAAGCACUGACAUGGACAAGGUCCUGCUCAAAUACACAGAGUACAACGAGCCCCAUGAGAGCAGAACCAACUCAGACAUUGUAGAGGCUCUAAACAAGAAGGAGCACAGAGGCUGUGAUAGCCCGGAUCCCGAUGCCUCAUAUGUCCUCACCCCUCACACAGAAGAGAAAUAUAAAAAAAUUAAUGAGGAGUUUGAUAAUAUGAUGAGAAGUCAUAAAAUCCCCAGCACUUUGCCUCAGCAGAGCUUCUCCAUGCAUGUGGCCGUGCCAGUAUCGAACCCCGGCAGCCUGGCAUACAGCCCGGCCAGCUCCCUGGGGACUCAGGGCCUGGCCACAGCCACGGCGUCGCUGAGUGACAGCGGGAUGCUCUCCCCUACUCAAGGCUCCCUGCACAGGAACGUCAUGUCCCCCGCAGCUCCUCAGAGACCCCCCAGCACUGGUAGUGCAGGUGGCAUGCUGACUUCUUCAGACCUCACAGUGCCAAAUGGUGCAGGUUCUAGUCCAGUAGGAAAUGGCUUUGUCAGCUCUCGAGGGUCCCCCGUACUCCUUGGCAGCCCCAGUGGAAAUGGUUUGGGGAAGGUCAUGCCCACCAAGUCCCCACCACCUCCUGGAGGGAACCUGGGAAUGGGUGCCCGCAAGCCAGACCUGCGAGUGGUCAUUCCCCCAUCCAGCAAGAACCUGAUGCCCCCACUGUCGGAGGAAGAGGAAGUGGACUUGAACACCCAAAGGAUAAGCAGCUCCCAGUCCACACAGCCUCUGGCCACUCCGGUGGUGUCUGUAACCACACCCAGCCUGCCGCCACAGAGCCUGGUCUAUUCCGCCAUGCCCACUGCCUACAGCAGUGACUACUCCCUGAACAGCACGGAGCUCUCCUCUCUGCAGGGCUUCUGCUCCCCUGGAGGCCUGCCUCUGGGCUCCGUCUCAGCAUGGCAGCAGCACCAGCUCGGCCAGGCUGCCCUUAGCUCUCUUGUAGGCAGCAGUCACCUGCCUCAGGGCCCCAGUCUCUCCAUCAACACCAGCCAGAACAUGAGCAUCAAGUCAGAGCCCAUCUCUCCGCCCCGUGAGCGCGUGGCCCCGGCGGGCUUCCUGGCACAGCCUCCCCCAUCCUCUCGGCAGGAUGUGGGCCGCUCCCCCGUCGACAGCUUGAGCUCGUCGUGCAGCUCCUAUGAUGGCAGCGACCGCGAGGACCCCCGCACUGACUUCAACUCGCCGCUGGGGCUGAGCAGGCCUCCAGCUGGGGCCGAGGAUCGAGAGAGCCCAACGGUGAAGCGUAUGCGCGUGGACACCUGGGUGACAUAGAGCAUCCCAGUGUGGUCGUUAUUACUGUCGUAACUGUUGCUAUUAUUAUUAUUUAACUCUGUCUUUUUUAAUUGGAGAUAGUGCAGAGGAAAAUAAAUGUGUCCCAACAUAUCAAAAACAAGUAUGUUGCUCCCACCAAGAACACCAAGGAGCUGAAUAUAUUGUAUGGAGACAAAAUUUUUCAGGUACUUGAUGCAGAUUAACAGGUUUGCUCCAGCCCAGUGUUUUAAAGAGGGUAUCCAAAAAGUCACUGGUCCAGUCUCAGACUUUUAUUUCUGCUUUUAUAAUAUUUUCUGAAGAACACAGAAUUAAAAAAGUAAAAUAUCUCCCUCUGCUGGAAGGCUCUCGUUGCAACACCAGAUUUGGGACUUGUUGAAUCUGUUGUUUAAACCGGUUUAUUGUUCUGAAAAGUAGAUUUUUUUUUUUUUGGUAGAUGUUAUUACGUUUUACGGGAUAUAGAUCAGAGAAAUAUGGCAGGAAUGAGCAGUGCUGUAGUAAAACAGGAAAAGAUCCUGAUUGUCCUGUUCAGUUGAUGAUGAGGAGGAGGCAGAGGAGCUUGUUUGACGCACUGUUUGAACACAUUGGGGAACGUGAGUGAAAGAGAAACUGUAGUGUCUGCUUCAGGCAGCAAAACUGGCCACGGAUUUAGAAUCAGUGUAAAAGAGUAGAAGAAAAGCAAAAUGUUGGACAUUUUUGUUUUAAUGCUCGUUUAAAUUCAGUGUUGAAACUGAUUAAAUCACAGACGCAAGAGUGAAAUACCUAGUUCAUAAAAGCAAAAAACCUUUGCUCAGAACAAUUUAUUUAUGUCAAUUGUAGAUUUUUUUUAUUAAUAUUGCUUUUCUUUCUAAAUGUUUUUCUUUUUAUUUUGCUUGAAUGCAAACGAUACAAUGACAUGCAAGCAAGACCUACAAAUAAUAACUAAAGCCAUGAACACUUGUUGUUCUGUUUGUAAAUUAGAACUUUGAGCCA